AGUAGCAAAGGGUUUCCAGUGCCUUUCAAGCUCGAACCAGCCUUCUUACCAUAUCCAGACUGAAAGUGAUCGUUUGCCUUUGCCAGCGUAGACAACUGUUCCACGAGAAAACUGCGUGUAUUGUCAGCCCCCAUCAUGUGGAAAAAUAGAAGAUGCGCUUCCACUUGGAAGAAUCGCUGCGCUCUCAUUACUGUUUGAGCUGCUGUUGUAAGUAACGCCUCGUGAGAAGACAGAGUGUGGGUACUUGACAAGUUGCGACGCGUUGACAAGCGCGGUAGGAUAUUUUCCAAGUUCCAUACUAUUGGUUGCGGAUCUGGAGCGGCCUUCCCGCCAACGCUUGGCGCUCUGCGGAGAGCGUUCGAGAAGGACUUGGGAAAACGGUACGCGCGGAGCAGGGAGUGCUCAUCCGGUAAAUGAGGUGGUGAUCCAGCCAGGGAAUCGCUAAGCAUAUCUUUGCCAUACUAUUUCUUUGUGUUGACAUGUAUGAAAACAUAAAACAACCAAUAAUUUAAUGGACUGGACAAUGUCGACGAAUUUUCAUUUUUCAAAUGACCAGAUUCUUCGCCGUUCUCCAGCUCCGAAAGUGCCAAUAAUUCUUCUCCAUCCUCGAAGAGCGACAGCGAUGUCGCGUGGUCGCCCAGCGUACCGCUGCCGCGACCCCUGCCCCAUGCUAUCCCGAACCUUCGCAGUCGCGGCACACACAUCCGUCCGGAUAUGCGGGUAUUUUGUGCGCUUUGAUGUACGUAGAUGUGUUGAACGAGUUUGAGUCAUGAUUUCUUCACCAGGUUUGAUCAGCUACUUCGCUCUUUGAUUGUUUCCACAUUUGUUGCCUUUUCGGAUUUGCCAAGACAAGUUCGUAGAAGUAGAUAAAACCGCGAACUCUUGAUAUUGGUAUUGAUUACUACACUACAUCAGGGAAUCACGUACGUUCCCGGCUGGAAGUACAUGAAAUUGUUCUUGCUCGAGAAGGCGAGCUCGAAAGAUAAGCUUGACGAUGAACACGCACAAAGGGGGGUGAUAAGCUACGAAGACCAAGACAAUGUCUACGUGAUGAAGAAGCGAGUGUUCGGCGCGCGUAAAGUCCCAGUACCGAGAGCGGAUCCAGCGGAAUACGACUGCUGGCGCGUGCACUUUAAGCACAGCGAAGUGGGAAAGAAGACAAAGCGGAGGAUGAAGAGGUACCUGAGUGGGCUACUUUUCGAGAUCUUCGUGCGUCUCGUAUUCUGUCACUCUUGUCGUGUUUGCACAAGUGAGUCGACGGAUGCGGAUAUAAAUUUUGUGCCCAGUGUUCGACGUCAACAGCUGCCGUUGCUGAUCAUCUCUUCGUCGAUCUCUGGUUGAUGAAGUGCGAAUGAUCAGGAUACCUCUUUACGAAACUGCACUACCACCAGGUACUUUUUCGUCGCACCAAAGUUGCGGAAGCUUCGUGCUGCAGCUUCAAAAAAAGGACUCCCAGUACCGACCCGCCGAGAUGCAAAGAGAGCAGCACUGCAGGACGCGCAGUGUAUUGUGUUGCUGUCGACAUCAAGAACAACUUUGAAUUUCAAAUUAAUCAUGCAGAACUGAUUAAAGUUAUGCUUAUGCGGAACUGAUUUUUGAUUAUGAUUUUGUGCACAUAUCUUUGAGAUAGAUGUUCCGCUUGAAUGUCUGUAAUGCCUAGGUGAAAGCCAGGUAGUAAAGGCAGUCCAGCUCUUGCUUGAGAGAUGCCAGCGGUGUCUUUUCCUAUUGCGAGACUCUUUCUUUUUUUCUUCGUGGUUGCCAUAAAGUAUUCUUUCUGUCGUCACCACUCUGAGGAAAGCAGGAAUCUAGUCCAUCGGGGGGGAGAGUGGGGCUUGUUCUUUUUUUUUUCCCGUUUGGCCAAUGGGCAGAUUACGGCCGGCAAGGCCGGCGGAUCUUUUGCCAAGAUGAAAACCCCCAAGGACCUUCUUGUUCUUCCUUUUAUCGCGCAACCUCCUACAAGAUUCUUUGAGGUGCCAAGAUUGGGACCAAAGAAUAAAAAAAAAAACUCAAGAGCGCAAAACAGUAAAAGAAAGAAAAACGCGCCACCUUCCAGCACGCGCCGGGCUGGAAAGGAGAAAACUCAUAUAAAAGAAAAGAAAAGGCAAGGCUCCAAGCCUAGGCGGUGGCAACUGGCGGCGCAGGGCGUAGCUCCGUGUUUUCCUGUGGCCCCCGGUGGCGUCGGUAUACCUCUCCUUCCGCUCCGGCGGUUUGAGAGUCAGCGCAACCUCUGGUAGCGCUGUGGUUCUUGGAUCCGGUUUGACGUCAGGUUGAGCACAUGAGGAGGAUUGUUCAGCACUGGCGGCUCUUUGGGGGUUGAUCUGCUCACACGGAUGAGGUGGUAGUGUAAUGCUUAUCUGAAGCGCAGCAGCAGUGAGUUUUCGGAUUCACUCAUACUGUGCGACUCCCUACGCUUGGUCGUUCACCGCUAAAACGGGUGGUGUUUGGUCUUGCUGUAGCGCCUAAGCUCUCUCAAGCUUUCGCAAAGGACUUACUCUCAGGAUUUAUUAGCUGUAUAUGUCAGACAGUUACUCGCAGGCCAUAAGAGGCGAGCAAAGGGUUGAAUUUCAAAUUAACGAGUUCGUUGACGGGAGGUACAUUCAUUGAUCGCGAUAGUGUCACGCAUCGCGUUGGCUAGAGCCCUCCACGAGGGUUUUUCUGUCAUACUAGCGUGAGUGCUGGAUAUAGGUUUAUACAAGCAGGGAAACAAACUGGUGUACAGAGACAGAUGAAAAAAUAAAUGACUCCACCAUCGUCCUUUGUCAAUUCAAAAGAAUAAGAAAUACACCACAGUGUUUCGUCGGCUCGCUUUGAAUGUUCACGGAGCAGAGCAGCCAGGGAAGAAGGUACAAGCUAAGAAGUCCAAUACCGGAGUGCCCGGGGUCACCCAGUUGUCGACGAAACAAAAAUCCAAAUACAAUCGAGGAGCAAUCAUGGGAAAGAUCGUUCGGUUGAACAAGCGUAUCCUCAAAAAGUACAAGGUGAACAUGAACGCCAAGAGACCAAGCAAGCAGUGGAAAAAGCAGCGAAAAUGUAGACGGAAAGCGCAGAGAGCAGGACUAAUUCAGGUAAGGUUAAAGGUUGGUUAACGUUAUAGUGUAUGGUUAUGAUUAUGAAGAAAACCAAAACACAUAAAGAUUAAGAUGCUUGCUACAGUAUAUAUAGCGAAGGUUGACUCACUCAGUAGUCAAAACCGCUCGUCGUGCCCCGUCUCCACGCAUACGUGGUCCAUCACAUGGAAUGUGAUGUAUACAUAGAAAAAACGUAAAGUUCAUGGCACGGUGGAGAAAGGCGAAAAUCUUG